AUGAAGCCCACCUUUUCUCUUAUUGUGCCCGCGUGUAUCCUGCUUUUUAGCAGUUGUCAUCUUUGGAAAUGGGCCUCCAACUACACGCCUGCUACUUCUUUGUCCCUUUUCAGCGCAUUCGCCGCUAGUCCUCUACUUAAUGAUGACUAUGCGUGUACGCAUGAGUAUAGCAUCGAGCUUUUGUCAGUGGACCCACUGGUAAUAUACAUCAAUGGGUUUGUGAAGGACAAUGAGAUUGCUCAUCUUCUCCACAAGACGAAAGAUGAUUUCUCACCGUCCUACGUCUACGAACACGACACCAAGAAGGAUAAGAUCUCUUCUCAGGUCAAUUCUACCUGGCGUACCUCUACAUCAGCUAUGGUAUCAUAUAAAGACCCAGUAUCCCGUUGCCUUGCCAGCCGUCUGAAGUCACUGCUAGGUAAUCUUCAACACCCUGACACUGAGAGACUCCAGAUCGUCAAGUAUAAGGGCGGGGAGCGCUUCCGAAUGCAUAAUGAUUACUUGCCAGUUCACCUUGAAGCGAAACAGCCAGAUGGAAGUAUGAAAAAGUUCAAUCGACUGGUGAGUACUUUUAUCUAUAUAGGCGACGAGUGUACUGGGGGAGAAACGUACUUUCCUGAUAUCAAGGGAGUUGGUCCGGGUGCCGACGGAGAUAAAUUUUCAAGAACUGAAACUGGCAUGGGGCUCUUGGUGAAGCCCAAGAAAGGAAACGCGGUACUAUGGCACAAUGUGCAUCAAAACGGGACCCGUGAUGAGAGAAUGGCUCACGCAGGAUUGCCGGUCCAGAAUGGCACAAAAAUUGGUAUGAAUCUGUUUGGGAUUUACUACCCGGAUGAGCCGCUUGUAGGUGGUAGCCAUGUUUAG